AUGAAUGUUUUAACUCAAAAAUGUAUGGAAAUCGGUAAGCUGUGCAGUUCUGUGGAAGAAAUUGAAUUUAAUAAUAAUAACCGAGAACAGUGGGCCCGAAAAUCUAAUGUUGAGGUUUAUGGAAUUCCAGAAAGAAAAAAUGAGAACCUGAUCUCGUUGUUGCAAACAGUUUUUGAUAAAACACACUUACAAUUUAAUAUAAACACGGAUAUUGACUUCAUCACCAGAGUCGCUUCUAAAAAGAACGAUGUGAAGAAAUCUAAACCGAUUAUCGUGCGUUUUAUAUGUAGAUGGAAAAAGGAUGAAUUUUUGUCUGCGGUUAGGAAACUAAAACUGAAAUGUUGUGAUAUAGGCUUCAAUGGUAACAAUAAUUCAAUAUUUUUUAAUGACCACCUCACUAGUCUAAAUAAAGCCUUAUUGCAAUCUGUUAAGAAAGCGGCAAAAGAUAAAGGUUAUGAGUUCGUGUGGGUCAAAAACUACAGCAUUAUGGCCCGGCGUUCUAACACGAGUCCGGUUUUGCAUUUCGUGAAGUCUAUUGAUUUAAAAAAAAUUGUAUAA